CAUCAUCCUUUGCUAAUCACAAUAAAUCCUUGAAUUAGCUUUCUUUGCCCCUCAUACUCUAGCUUCACAUUGGCUGUCACUAUUAUAAUCUCUUUAAUUAAAAUGAAUACGGCCCGACUUUUAUUAGUCCCGGUGGCAGCGGCGGCGGUGUUUCUACUUUGCAUUUCCGGCACGGCGGCGACUGCGGCAGCCAGCACCUUCAUCCAGGCCUCCUGCAGAGCCACCACCUACCCCGACGUGUGCGUGGCGUCGCUGGCUCAGUACGGGCCGACCAUCAAGCAAAGCCCACAGCAGCUGGCCCAGACCGCCCUGACCGUCUGCCUGAACCGGGCCAACUCCACCAAGGCCUUCGUCAAUAACCUCUGUAAGAGCAGCGGCAAGACCAGCGCAUAUGGGCCUCUCAAGGAUUGCUUGGACCAGAUCAGCGAUAGCAUGGACCGGAUCAGCAAGUCGGUCCAGGAGCUCAAGAACAUGGGCCGGGUCCAGUCACCGGACUUCAUGUUCCACGUCGGCAAUGCUCAGACCUGGGUCAGCGCUGCCCUCACUGACCAGAACACUUGCAUGGAUGGUUUCGCGGGCCGGGCCUUGAAUGGAUCUAUUAAGGCCUCCAUUAAGGCCCAGGUCACCAAUCUUGCCCAGGUUACUAGCAAUGCGUUAGCUUUAAUCAACAAGUUUGUUUCAAAGUACAACUAAUCUAAUUAGCUUGUCGAGCUAUUAUAUACAUAUACGAAGUAUUAAGGUUAAACUAUGUAAUCGUGAUGUUUUUUAUCAUCGUAUUGUCGUUAAGUCAUGUUUGCUUGGCUUUGAAAUCUUCCUGUAAAUUUUCAGUCAGAAUUACUGGUCGAUGAGAAUCGCAGUUUGCCUAUAAGGCUAUAAUUCAGUAUUGUUGAACUUAAACGUGUUUAUUUAAAGCCUCUGAUGCAGAUUAUAGAACAAAAAAUUAAUUUCAACAUGCCCA